GUUUCCUGCUUUCACACCCCUCUAAGCUUCCAUUCUACUACUGGCCCUUCUCUCACUAAAAAGCCUUUCUUUUUCUCUCUGAAUUCCUUCUUUCUUUCUACAUUCUCUCUCUCUCCCUCUGCUUGUUGAAGAUUUUUGAUAGAUAGGUACAUUUAUAGAGAGAGUGAGAGAGAGAGAUAGAUAUACCUGCAUACAGUGACAAUCAUCACUCUUGGAGAUGAGAGGACCUUUGGGGGCAGUGAUAGGGAGUUACCCAUCAAGUGAUGGAAGUACCCAAAUUGGUGGAAUCAUUAGGCACAAUAGGAAAUGCAGAGAUGUUGUGUUCCUUGUCAUUUUUAUAGCAUUUUGGGUUGCCAUGAUUGUAAACUCCAGCUUUGGAUUUAACCAAGGAAACCCCUUAAGGCUUACCUAUGGGCUGGAUUAUAAAGGAAAUGUGUGUGGUGAUAAGCAUGCAAAUCCGAAUCUUCGCGAAUUGGAGCUUACAUAUUGGUUAAAUCCAAACCAGGUCUAUCUUAGUGGUUUGAAGAACAGCCAAUUCAAGUUGGCCAAUGCUCGGAGUAUAUGUUUAAUGGAUUGCCCCCUUCCAUCUGAAGAUGCUCUAAACUGGGUAUGUGACUAUCCAGAGGGAGAUAUCCGUAUCUCAGUGGAAGAUUGGAUUAAUAGGAAUUAUGAUUAUUUUGAGUUCCUUACUCCUGAAAUGAGGAACACAUCCCUUCAACUCCAGGGUCCUUGUUACCCUGUUAUAUUUCCUAGUGUAAAUGUUUUUUGGAGGUGCCAAUUUAUCGCUCAUGCAUCAAAUGUGUCAUUGCGGCAUUGGCAGCAAAUGGGUGGAGUAAACAUCAAUGAGGACAUUAUAAUAGACAAAUCCAUUCACAAAUCUAUUAAUGCUCGGUCAUCUGUGUUGAAGAGAUACAUGGCCGAUAUUGGAAAGGCAUGGCCUGUGUUGAUUGUCUGUGGGGGGCUCUUGCCGCUGUUUUUAUCAGUGAUUUGGCUGCUGAUGAUUCGGCAUUUUGUUGGUGCAAUGCCUUGGAUAACAGUUGCUCUCUUUGAUAUUCUCAUAAUAUCAGUAACAAUGUUUUACUACUUGAAAGCUGGAUGGAUUGGUAAUGAUGCUAUCUCUCCCAUCAUCGGUGAGCAUGAUCCAUACUACCAUGUAUCUGGACGGGAACUAAAUCAUCUUCGUGCUGUUGCUGUUAUCAUGACUUUUAUAAUGGUUGUUGCUGUCCUUACGUCAAUUGCCAUUGUGCGUCGUAUUCUUAUGGCAACAUCUGUCCUCAAGGUAGCUGCAAAGGUCGUGGGAGAAGUUCAAGCGCUCAUAAUUUUUCCAUUUAUACCAUAUGCUGUCCUUGCAAUCUUUUAUAUGUUCUGGUUUUCGGCUGCUUUUCAUCUUUUUAGUUCUGGCCAAAUUGUCCAAAAUGACUGCAAUUCCAACUGCUGUGCCUAUGAUCUUGGGUCAAAACGGGUUAACUGUGAUCGUUGCUGUGGCUAUAGCAUCCAUUAUACUCCUCAUAUAGCAGUUGCCAUCUUUUUCCACCUGUUUGGAUGUUACUGGGCUACACAAUUUUUUAUAGCAUGCUCUGCUACUGUAAUUGCUGGUUCUGUUGCCUCCUACUACUGGGCUCGUGGUGAGACAUCGCCUGAGAUUCCCUUUCUUCCAGUUUUUUCCUCUAUGAAGCGGCUUAUGCGGUACAGCCUUGGGUCUGUUGCUCUUGGCUCCCUGAUCGUGUCAUUUGUGGAAUCAGUUCGCUUUAUGCUCGAGUCAAUCCGUCGCAAACUGAAAGUUGCUGGCACUAUACCUGAUGGCUGUAUGGGAAAGACAGUACAUCAUACUUCUCAGUUUUGUCUGAGAUGUGUUGAGGGGACUAUAAAAUCUGUGAACCGCAAUGCUUACAUAAUGAUAGCUAUAACAGGUAAAAGCUUCUGUAGGGCAUCUGCAAUUGCAGCUGACUUGAUCAUGAACAACAUUCUUAGGAUUGGAAAGGUGAAUGUGAUUGGAGAUGUCAUUCUAUUUCUGGGAAAAUUAUGUGUCAGCCUCUCAAGUGCUGUUUUUGCUUUCCUCAUGCUGGAUACUCACAAAUAUAGAUCUGCUCAUAACAAGAUAUCCUCCCCACUGUUUCCUGUGCUGGUUUGCUGGGCUCUAGGUUAUAUCGUUGCGACCCUUUUCUUUGCUGUGGUGGAGAUGUCAAUUGAUACAAUCAUUCUUUCAUUCUGCCAGGAUUCUGAGGAGCACCAAGGGACUGCCCAGUAUGCUCCUCCUCUUCUCAUUGAGACCCUCAAUGAUCAAAAUGAGAUGCAGAGACUUACCCAAUGAUCCUACCGAAAAAUGCCAAUGUAUAAGUUGCUCGAGUAGCAUUUGCUUAGUGGAAUUUGAAAAUUCAAUUAUAUUACUUAGAGCACUCACUUAGGGGAAGAAAAAAAAAAUUCUGGCCUGACUCAUCCUAUUUCCUUCUUCCCCCCCUCCCCCCUGAUCAUUUGAUCUUUGACUUUUUUAAAUUCGUUUUUCCAAUUUUCCUGGUUGCCUUAGCUAGUUGGUCUGAAGCUGUAUAUUUGGGCUGUGCCUGUAUAUUUUGUAAUGAAGUCUCAAGAGUUUCAGAUCCGGAA